UUUUCCUGCUAAGCUAUGUAUUGUGAAUGCACAGCUGUGAGGUGUUAUGCUAAUGCCUCUCUCUCUGCCCGUAUGAUAAUGAGGCUAUUCAGGGCUUUGGUAUGGGGCAUGCUUGCCAGGUCCGCUGCUCUGACACAUAACAAGAAAAGGGGGUUGGGCUUAGCUACGUAGACAGACGCAUGCAUGGUCAGAGGUCUGUUAUUAUACACCACUUGGCAUGCUAGUGUGUGUUGAGUUGGGCUCUCUUUCUCAUGAUGAUGCCUGCAUGUGAAGUUAUGCGGUAAAACUUUCAAACUUUGAGAGAGAGAGAGAGAGGAAAGAGAGCAGGGAACUGGGAUCUGCUCGCUCUCACCAAAGCAGGUUGCUGUUUACUGCCAUUUUUUCUCCAGAUGCCGGAUUGAUCUGACGUGUCAAUGGGUUAUCUGUUGUGCUGAGCUAUAUAUGGAAACAAGUGAAAUAAGCUUCAACUCACAUUAUAUAUAAUACAUGUAUCUACAACAAUGACGUGACAGUUCCAGAGUUGAAGAUCAUGAUGGAUUCUCUUGCCAGUCCAUGUAGACCACCCUCCCAGCCCAUCAUCAUGGAAUCCCCAGAGUCUCCUCCCCCUGUGGACCAGCAAACCCUGGGUUGUGAGCGGACAUACACUGACUCUGAUGAACUCGUCUUACCAAUGAUAGCCACAGAGUCAUUUCGUACUUGUCUCUCCAGCAACCUCACGCCACCAGAAAGUGACCUUUCUGAAUCCAAUUUUAAGAAGGGUGAAGACAGUGCAGGAGAUGCGUUUGUGAAUAGCAGCGGAGAUGCCCCUGGUGGUGAGAUUGUUGAGAUGAAUGCUGAGGACAUUGAAAUUGAUGGCUCUCCUGAGGAAGGCUUUGUUCAAACAAGUGAAUUGCAGUGUGAGCAAUCCGUGCCCAUUGAUGACUUUGAUAACCCUCAUGAGGAGGAAUUUCAAUCUGAACCUGGUCAUCUUUCUCAUGAAGCAGAGUUGUCUGUAGAGUAUUCUGCAGAAACUUCCCAGGAAGAUCUUCCACUUUGUUCAAAAGGAGAAGCCAACAUUGUCCAUAGUGAAAGCAUUGAUCCUAAUGACCACGCACAAAGUGUGAAUGCCGUUUCAUCCAAUGUGUCAUCAGCUAUGGAUAUUGAAGAGCGUGAAAGUAUCACUGAGGUCAUUGUGGAAGAAUCAGAGAAGAACACCAGAUUAACAGAUGUGAUGCAUAAAGAUGUUGAAAUGGAGAGCACUAUAUUAUCAGGCAGUCAAGUCAAUGAUUCAGACAACAUGGCACCUGCUUCCCCACUCGAAACUCAAGAAGCAGAUACUGAAAGUCGUGCUAAGCAUGAAAAUACAGAAAAUUACAUUCUUGAGCAAAUAGUAACCAUGGAUGCUCAAAGCAAGAGUGAUGUCUUAACUAAUAUUUCUGGUAGUGAGAUCCCAACCAAAGAUCACUCAUCCAUAGUCAUUCCAAAUACAAAUCCUGUUGGUGACUCAUCCAAGCUUCCUUCAGGACUUUCGAUGCAGAAUGUGAUUGUUUGUGAAGAACAAAGACCAGUGAUUCAUGAGGAAGGAGACCAUGCAAUUGAUUCUAGAACUGAAGAUGGUGUUGAGGAAAUGGAAACAUCACAGGAAAACCUUAGUUCUACUGUUGGAAAUAGCAUAUCAGAAAAGUCUAAUGACUCUUCAUUACAUGAUGAUUCUAACAAGGAAAUUAUACAUGAUUCUUCAAGUUUUGGACCAAAGGAUAGUGUUAUUUCAACCGAAGUUGCAAACUCUUCCACUCUAACCACCCCUAUUAGCAAGGUUAAGCAGAAAAAGAAGUUUUCUCUUGAUAAUAUGCUAGCCAGGGUCAAUUCUUCAAGUACUUGUAGUCAAAUUGCCAUGCCCCAGGAGAGUGAUCAGAGUGGUCCCACUGGUUUACAGUCCCAGUCUAGGAGAAAAAUUUUCAAACAAAAAUCACCUGCAGCCGUUACUUCUUCAUGCUUUCAAAACUCAGAUAUAGAUGACUCACAGUCAGAUGAGGACGGUGAUUUGUCUUUAAAUCAGCUUAAUAUCUCUGACGGUACUAAUGAAGUGAAUGAUAAUAAUGAAAUGGACUCCGAAGAUGGUAUUGGAGCACCAGAAAGUGUCCUUUGCAAACCAGUCAGCAGUAUGCUGGGCAAGAGUAGCAGCCAGAGGCGGAGAAAUUCCAGCUCUCCCCGUAUCGCCCCGGCAAUUGAAAACAUGCUGGAUGAAGCUUCAGACAUUACUGAUUUCUGUGACAUUGCAAAUAAAUUCUUUGAGGGUAGGGAAGAGGAAAGGGAUGACCAACAAAGUUCUUCUGCACGAUCAUCACCAGUUGAAGUAUGUCAACAAGCUGCCUUUGAGGAUCAACAUGAAUCACCUAUAGAACUUCCGAGACCACUCCCUGAUGUGCCGCCACAAAUGAAUGAACUGCUCCAACCUUUACCUGCCAAUUCUUCACCCUCAGCUCCUUUGCCACAGGACAGUGGCAGAGUGUACCAAAUGCAAGGGAAUCCUCCACAGUUAACCAUUGCCCCGCCACCAAGAGCCCUGCCACCAAAAGCGAUGUCAAAUAAUCUGGCAGCAGUACCACCACCAUCAGCACCACCUGUCCCAGGCAGCACCACCCUAAAGAAUGUCACAAUGCCACCAGGAACACCAGCUAGUCAGAAGACUGUUUUGAUGCUACAAGGAGGUGAUACUCUCAAGGUUGACAUGCAAGGAAAUCUCAUCCUCUUCAACAGCCAGGGCAAGCAGACUGCAUGUGUGAACAGUAGUUUAAUUAAUGGCAUUGUGUUGUCAAAGACUGUUAUCAAGGCUGCUGAGGAAGCAAACAAAAGCACCGUCCCGUCGUCACCUGUGGCUCAACCUGCACCGACCAGGCCUUCCCUGCCCAGCUCUCUAACACCACCAGCACAGCAGCAACGACCAGUUGAACGACCAUCUGGGCAGCCCCCACCACUUAUUCCUACAUCCCAACGUCCUGCACCACAUCCUGUACAAAUUUCACAAGACCGGGAGAAUCACUGGCGUAGGUCCAGUUCUGAUGAAAACUUGAGGGCAUCUGAUGCAAUGAUGCGACAAAACAGCUCUGAGGAACCAGACCAUAGCCGUUUCCUCCCCCGUGGAACUGUAAGGAGUAUGAUAGCUUCUUCCAACUGGACCCCUAAUAGUGUUGCGCCACCUGCCCCUACUAACCAAGUUGUCCAUGUACCUCAGGGUCAAUACACGUCUGUCUUGCAAAAAGCUUUAUUGCAGCAUCAGUCUUCACAGCAGCACCAAUCACCACAGCAGCACCAAUCACCACAGCAGCACCAGUCACCUCAGCAGCCGAUGCAGCACAAGUCUAUUCUUGUUCAGCAGUUACAGCAGCAGCAGCAUCAGCAGCAACAACAACUUGGAAAUCGUCCACAAUAUAAUGUCCAUCAUCAUCCGAGUAGCCAUCCUCAGCAUAUCCAGCCAAAUACCCAACAGGGAACAUUCUCACAAGCACAUCACAAUCAGCAUUUUCUUCAAAAUCCAGCCCAGCAGCUUCAGCUUCAACAGGUUCCACAGCCAAUUCUACUUGGGAAUGAAAGGCCACAGGCUAGGGUUGUAGCUCCAGUGAGCAUUCCACCAGUUGUCAACAAUCCGCGAGCAACAGUCCCGAUCGCUCCUCGGCCAAUCAACUCAACUGAAAAUACCCUACCGACUAAAUCAUCUUCAGAUUUAUCAGAAACCAACCAAGCAGGGAAGCAUCAAAACCUGCCAAAUGUAUUGAAACUGUUAACCUCUGAUAAAAAGGAUAAUUCUGCAAUUCCCGAAAACCAGAAUGAUAGCAGUGAAGAGGAUAGGAAUGGAAACUCUGAGGGUUCAAGUCAGAGCUCUGGAGGAAGUGGGACUUUGAAGCACUGUGAACUGUGCAACCGCCUAUUUAUAAAGGAAGAGUCAUAUGAAAAGCAUCUGCAAACCACUCCUGGACACUGGGAUCUAUGGAAAGAAUUUCACCGUAAGAAGCAACGAAUGAAGUACAUCUGUACACAAUGCAAGAAGAUAUUUGUGAAUCGAGAGGCACUCCUAUCUCACAAAGAAUACUACCACAGCCAAUCUCGGGUAGUUAUUAAAGGUGCUAAAUUCAUGGUACGUUGCCAGUUGUGCCAUCUUAAAUUCAUGGAUGACAGGCAGUUGACUGCUCACAUGGAAAAAUGCCAUGCAGAUGCCCAACUCCAGAAUGAUAAAGAUAGAACAGAGAGUGAUGGUAUGCCAAGUGUAAGUGGUAUUGGCAGCUUAGAAGAACCUGGUUGUAGCAACAAUUCUUUGACACAAAUCAAUGCUGGUAAUAGCAUUAAUUCAAACGUUGAAUUUGUACAUGCUUCAUCAUUAGACUUUGGUAGAGGAAAAGGAAGAGGACGAGGAAGAAAGAGGUCCUUGAAGAUAAGGGCAGAAUAUGGGAGCAGAAAAGCAGGAGAGCAAGCUACCACAGUUAAAAAUGAGUAUGGUGGACGUAUUAAAAUUGAGUACAUCAAUGUUAAUGCAAAGAAGAGUCCAGGAAGACCCAGAAGAAGGAGUAGUGAUGAUGUACCCACAUUCAUCAUUUACAAAGACCCCAAGGCCACAACAACUGAUCUUAUAGGAACCUAUGGCAGAUAUGAAAAUGGUACGAUACGUCCCUAUAAGUGUAAUCUCUGUCCGAAGAACUUUAACUCGACACACUGUCUACUCGAACAUAUUAAAAUACAUGUAAAGCCGUAUUCAUGUGGAGCAUGCGGUUUGAAGGCAUCACGGAAGGAUAAUGUAGCCAAGCAUAUUGAACUUGUCCAUGGAGGUCCAAAGUAUGUUCCAAAGAGGCAGCCUGUAAACACUCCUGAAAAGACAGUCAUGUCUAAACAUAGGAGGAAAAAACUCAUGAAGCGUUGGCGCAAGCGGAUGAACCGACAAGCUGCUGAAGCAAAUGCAGGGGGCAUUGACUUGAAUCAGGGAGAGAGUUUUGAAUCUAUGGACAUUGGGGAUGACACACAGAGACUUGCAUCCACAGAACAAGUUGAAAUGGAAUCAAAUCUUAGCCCUGAAAGAGAAGAUAUCGAGACAGCUGGAGUGGAUGGUAAUGAGGAGAUGGAAUCUGCCAGUGUGCAAGGUGGAGAAGAUGGCAAAUUUGAUGAUGCUACAGACCACGAAACUGUUCCAGUGCAAGAUCAGUUGACAGUUACAGACAUAGAAUUUGUCGAAGAUGGUGAUGAACCUCUGGAAGAUGAUUGUACUACCAUUAUUGCAAAAGAUGAUGAGGCUUAUAAUAUGGAAAGAAACCCAGCUGAGGAUGAUGAGCACAGCACUUUGAGAUCCCAACCAGAGAGUUCAGAUGAUGUUACUGAGCAAACUGGAGAUUUGGAUAAACCAGAUGCAAAUCUGGAAGAUAAGUUGCCAGACAAUAUCCCAGACACGUCCCUUGGCAGCAAUGAUGACACAGAAACUCAGAUAGAUGAUGCCCAUGUUCUUGGGCAAAAUGUAGAAGCACAAACACCUACUGAGGAUUCAGUUACUCAGGAGAGUGAACAUAUGGAAAAUGAACAAUCUGAAGGUAAAGAAGAGGAAGAGUCACCUUCCCAUGAAUUGCAGUCAGAGUGUAUUUCAGUAGCGAGUGAUGGCUUUAUCUCUAUCGAGGAUGAGAAACCUGAAAGAAAUUCAGACCAAGAACAAGAAAAGGAUGCAACAUGUCCUGAGAGUUCAGAUGGCACAGCUUCACAAACUAAUGAUCAAGAAGGCAGAACAGAACAGGAAACUGUUGAAGAUGAUUCUGACAUACAGCUUGAAGAGCCAAAGUCUGGUAUCAAGACUGUAGGUGAUUUCUUACUGGACAUGUCUUGUGAAGAUGUCACAGACUACCAAGAUGAAAUGCAUCAGGAAAAAGAAAUACAAAAGGAAAGCGUUGAAGAAAAAGCUACAUCUGGUGAUAUCAUUGAAGUAGCAGAUGAGGAAGAUGCUUCCCAUGAUGGCAAAUUAAAGGAUGAUGCAGAAACCCAAAACUCUGAAAAGGAAGAGAAGAAUGGCAAUAAUAUGGUUAUGCCAGUGAUUGUGUCUGUAGAAUCACUAAAAGAAAAACAGGAAGACAUGAGCAGUGAAUCACAAGAUGAUCAAAACUUUCCCACAGGUUCUCAAUAUCAUCAAUUGGAGCACAUGAAAGAGCAAGGGAAUGACUUCAGGACGCAAGGCCCUGUCGGAAAUGCACAUGUUCAAGGAUUUUCUCAUCCACAGGCUCCCCGGUUUCAGCUACAUGGUGGGCAGUAUGCACCUUCAAAUGUACCAGACUCAUCAGUAAUGCCACCUGGAAUGCAAGGACAACUGGGGAUGCCUAUGCAGCAGCCAGUGUUCUACAAACCAGAUAAUUCAAUUGGUGGCAAUCCCAUGGAAAGAAAUCCUUACAUCAAUGCUAUGAAACAGCAAAAUCCUGCUCUGCAUAUACCAAUGGGUCAUCCUCCAUACCCAGGAAUGAUGCAGCAGUCGGUUCCGCAUAAUGUGCAACCUCAGCAGCCUGUAUUCAUACAACCAGAAACAGCUAACAGAUUCCAGAUGAAUCCUAACCUGAAUCCUUUGGGUUUGUCUUCAGCAGCAGCUCAAGGUAUGCGUUUCACUGCUCCACAUAUGAACAUGCCCAGUCAUAUUGCAACAUCUCUUGCCCAACCAAACCUUGGAGCACCAGGAUCACAGCUCUCCUUGACAGCCAUGCAACAAAUUCAACAGCAGUUUGCCCUGAAGCAGCAACAGGAACAACAACUUCAACAACAGCAACAACUUCAACAACAGCAACACCUUCAAAAGCAGCAGCAACUGCAACAGCAAAAGCAGCAACAAGAACAACUUGCAAAGCAACACCAACAGUGGGCUACUCAUCAGCUGAUGAUGCGUGCUCAGUACAGUCAACAAGGACUUCAACAGGGUAUGGUGCCUAACAUGACCACCAUUCCUGGUCAGGUCAGACCAAGCCAGAUGCCACAGCAAUUUGUACAAGCAACAUCUCACCCUCAUUCAGCAAGUCCAUCUAAUCCUCAGCACACUGGACAUCAAAAUGGUAACCAUCCUCCCCACUAUCCAGGUCAGGUGUUUGAACAUAGAGAACGCAAACAAUCAGGAAGUCAAGGGCACAAUCAACAGAAUGAGGCUGUUAUGAACGGCAGUAAUGGACAGAUUUCAAGGAGAUCUAGUACCUCAUCAUUGUCUACUGUACAACCUAAUGUUAUUAAACCAAAUAUGGGUCAACAAAGUGAUUCAUCAGAAUCACCAACCCUAUGUAAAGAAAGUCCAGAUAUUCUUACAGUAGUUGCACGUAGCAUGACAGACAAGUCACCGCCAAAUGCUGAAGUAAGGCCUAUCAUCACUCCAAAGUCAUCAGAGAGCAGUUCGCCUUCUGGAUCAGUUGGAACAUCCAGUGGUGAGGUAAUUGGUGGGCUUCAGUCACCACCUGCUGGAAGCAUUGCAUCAGAUCACUCUGCUUCCAGACCACACAAAGUCAAACCCCCACGCAGUCCAAGAUCUCCAAGAACAACAAAACCAUUUCAGUACAAGUUAGAUCCAGAGCGUCCGUUUAUCUGUCACAUUUGUGGGAAAGGUUUCAAACGCAGAAACAAUCUGACUGAUCAUGUGCGAACUCACACCAGACCAUAUAAAUGUGGUGAGUGCUCCUUUGAUACUAUCCGAUGGCAAUACCUGGCAGAGCACAUGAAAAAAGCUCAUGGUUUUUCAGGAGAUGCCAAAGACCUUGAGAUGCUGUUUAAAUCUUCUUCCAAGAAACUUAUUCCCACUGACCGUAUUCCAGCUGCAAGCCUGACACCAGCCAUGGGUGUUGUAAUUCCAAACCUUCCGACUGCACCAACUAUGAUAAGCAGUGACCUUUCUAGAACUACACCUGUUCAAACUUCCAUGGACUAUGACCUUGAUCUAGUUGAUUUCUUUGGAAAGGAUUCAGAAGCUGAAUCUGGAAAGGCAGAUGAGGAUGACAGUACCAAUUGCACUCCAGCUACAACAUCAGCAGCUGCAGAGGUUACUGAAGGACAUGAAAGAAAGAGUGAUGAAGAAUCAGCAAGACCAGAAAGUAAUUCAGGAAUGGAAGGAAUGGAGGGUUCUCAGGGUUCUGAGGAAGCUGCAGAAAAUUCUGUUGAAAUGGGAUCCCAAAUUGCAGAAGAGGCACCAGAGCCAGCUCCUGAACCAGCUCCUGAACCUGAUAACAUUGGUUUGGUAACUGUUCAGCCAAUUGCCCCUGAAGAGUCCUCAUUUUCCCAGGGCAGUGAAGAGUAUGAGUUGUCUCAGGAGGAGCCAGAAGAGGACAUCCAUUACCAAGAUGAUUAUGAAGAUGAGGACUAUUCUCCAGUGCCUCGAAAGAAAUCCAAGUUUGGUCGCAAAAAGCGUUUCCACAAGCGAUGGGGGGCAGCAAAGAAUGUUAUUGCUAAAUACAAAGGCAGGGGUCGAGGAAGACCAAGGAAAUAUCACUUUCAACAGGUCAAAGAGACUGUAAUUAUAACACCACCUACUACAGAUACUGUGGGGGAAGACCUUGUAGGUGAUACUAAUAACAGUAUUGGUUCUGUCAUCACUCCGUCAGGCUCUAUUAGUCAAGAAUCACUUCCAGUUAAGCCAGAAGAUGUGUCUUUGCCAUCAUCCGGAGACCUUGAUUCUUUGGAAAUGGUCACCUCAGAGUCCACCCCUAUGACUCCUGCCCCUAAUGGAUCCUUUCAUAGUGAGCUAUCAGAAGAUGAUAUACUCUACACACCUAGCGGACGGCCUAAACGCCGCACAGGCAAUUACAACCCUGGUCAAGUUGAACAAAAGAACAAUAAUGAGUUGGGCCAGGAACCAGUCAAGACUGAGCCACCACUCCCACAACCACAGGAGCAGCUUGCUCAGGUAGUCAGUGUUGUUCCUGUCAAGAGGGGAAGGGGUCGCCCACCAAAGCAUGCAAAGAAAGGAGAACUUGUCAUGCGCAUCCGCAUGAAAUCUGGAUCAGAAGAGGAGUCUCAAACUCAACCAGCUCAACCUGAGGUUCUCAAUGAAAGUGAGAAUGUUAAAGUUGACGGAAGGAAAAGGAAACGGAAUUCUGAUCACUCGUCGAACGUUCUCCUCAAUCCAAAAGGAGGCAUUCAGUUGUCUGAAUAUUUUAAGAUCACCAAGGAUCCUGCCCGCCCAUUCUGUUGUACCAUUGAUGAUUGCUCAAAGAACUUUAAGAGCAAGCAGCACAUGAGGGAACAUCUCUUUACCCACCUCAAGCCGUAUAGGUGUGACCACUGUGGCCAAGGGUUUGCCCGUACUGAUUACCUAGCCUUCCACAUGAAAGAAGAUCAUGGUGUAUAUCCAACCAAAGAGGAACUAUUUGCAAAGAGGAAAUUUGCCAAUGCCAGAGCAACUUCCUCUAGAUAUCGUGCCAACUGUAAAGACAAAAAGAGGCAGAUGCUACAUGAGAAUGUAAUGUUUGGUCAUUGAAAGGGGAUGCAUUUUAGAGUCUGAUUUUUGAAAUUCAAAUGAACACAAUAUAUUUUAGACCAAUUAGUAUUGGUCUUCAAAUUAUUUUUCACAAAAUUUUUUAAAAGACAUGUGAUCAACAUAGGGACAAUUUGUUAAUGGAAGAUCUAAAUCGUGGUGAUUAUAUAAACGUAUAGUAUACAUUAAAAAACCUUCAGCUAUCAGAUCUUUCUUGCAUUAUUUGAAGUUAUACUCCUUAAUUUGUUAAAGUUCUCAACUUCUGAGAGGUCAGAGGUUCAAUUAAAUUCUAUUCAGAUGAAAUUCAAUGAUAGCAUCUUAGUCUUUUCUAAGAAGCCAUUAGUACCGGGUAGCAUAGAGUUUUUAAAACAUACAACAAAUCAAAUUAUUUUCUGUUGGAAAUUUGCAUGUCUCCAAAUUCCAUAUUUUGCCAGCCUAAUGGCUCAAAAAAAAAUCUUCAUUUAAAAGCAACUCAAUUGUCUAUUGUCCUAUGAGAAACAAAAUUAGGGAAUCCAUUUUAAAGAUUGAAUGAAUGUAGAUUAGAGGAGGGUGUGGUUUCAUAAAACUGAGUUAUGUAUGACUUUACACGUGAUUGGUGACCCUAUUUUGUGUUAGAUCAGAUUUUCAUUAAUUUAAUAUCCCAUCGUAGGUGAUUGAAAUUUUUGUUAACAAGGAUUUGAAUUCGAAGUUCGUCAUAUGUCAAGAUUUUAUGAGGAGAAUUUUAGAAAGUUCCUUUCCUGUCGGGUUAAACCAGAAAAUAUGGGGUAUCUCAUUCAGCAAAAGAAAGGGUUAAUUGCUGGUUAUGUGUAAAGUCAUAUAUAAUUUAUGAAUGGCUGUACGAAAUGGCUCCCUGGUUGCUAAAAAUGUUUUGGUUGGUUGAAAACUUGCAUGGGAAUUAUAUUCUUAUGGAUAUUUAUAUGUAGUUUCUUUUCCUUCUAUUCCGGAAAUAUAAAAUUUCUCAAUAAUAUUUGAUAGAUCUUAUUUAUUUCUUUGACAGUCUGGUAGAUUUUAAAUAUUCAAAUGCAAUUUGUUUCCCAAGUCAGAAACUCAUUUUUGGAUAGCCUAUUAGAUUUUUAAUAUUUAAAUGUUGAUAUCACUAUUGCAAAUUAAUUUCAAGUCAGAGUAUCUUGUAUGGUAUGAAGACUUGUACUUGGGGUUUGAUUUGAACAAUUAAACAACUUACACAGCAUAUGCAUUAUGUGACUGUAAAUACAGUGAAAUAUUUUGUUUUCUUAACCCCCCAACAUUGCUUUGAAAAUGAUACGAUUUGAUAUAGUUGAUCUCAAUUGAAAAGCUUAUUUGUAAUUUAUUUAAAUUUAAAUGCUGCAUUUGAUGAGUUCUUGUGUAAUUGUUGACUUGUUUUUUAAUGCAUUCAAUUAUUUUGUAAAAACUUAGUAUUGGGAAAUUGUUCAUGGAUCUUGUUUUUUUUUUUUUUAAAUACAACAACUCUACUCACCUAUUUCUUUUCAAAGGUCAAACGGAUGUAUGAGAAAAUUGAUGUAGAGUUACAAAGGGAAAGCUCUUGGAAACAUUCCAACAUAGAAUGGCGAGUUAUGCAAGCUUGAAUGUAUGAUCACUUUUUAUUUGUUUGUUUUCAGUUGUGCAGAAGUGAAAAACUGCCUUUUAAUCAUGAAAACAGUCAAAUCCAUCCCAUGUUCGUCUUUGUUUCCAGUCCCAUCAGCUUUUCAAUUUAGUAUAUUUUUUUUCCAAGGCAUAAUUCUGUCAUGGUGGUUACUGUGGGGUAGAUGUAAUUUUUUUCUACUGAUCAGUAGUAUUCAAGGUUGUUGGUCAGUUCUAGAAUGAAUUAAUUUACUGUGUUUUUACACACAUCCGCAGUAGGUGUAAACAAAAAUACACUCUCACACUGCUGUCCCAUGACAAGAGGAAGCGGCUCUGAUUUACUUUCAAGAUUGACUUUUUUCUUGAUAUUUUUUUAAUUCUCUUACAUGAUGCUAAAGGAAUAGACGUUUCAAAAGUACGUAACUGUAUAUAUUUCCACAUAAAACAAUUACUCAUUUACUAAGAAACUCAUUCUCCAGGGUUGCUUCCUUUUGUCAUGUGACAGCAACACAGUUGCAAUCUGUCUUUUUGAAUGAAUUAAUUCAGCUCAAAACUCAGAGAUCAUUUUGCAUUGUUUGACUGGUUGAGGCAAAUUAUCCAUUUAAUAACAAAUAGUCGGUCAUGGUUCGAUGGUUCAUGGGUUUGUAUUAACUUGAAGAGUUGUGGGCAUUUGAUAAUGUUUUGAAUGAUCUCAUUUUACUCAAUUGGCAACACGAAGGAUUGUCCUCUCAUACAAACAGAUGUAGUGCGAGAGAAUAAAUGAAUAUAAUAAUGUGCAAAAGAAUGAAUGAGUAUUGCUAAAUUGAUAAAAUUCUCAAAGGGAUAUUACUAUACAUUUCAAUUGAAUUGCCAAUUUAAAGAGUUCAAUGAUCAGCUCAUAUUUCAUAUACUGUGUAUGUGUAUGCUAACAUUUACAUUCGAAAUAAUACUGGUAUGCAGACUAUCCUUAUAAGGAGAAGCUAUGUCUCUGAUUUAAUUGCAUUAUCAUAUGGACCAUAUUCUCUAAUGUUGUCCAGUGCGAUAAAGUAGAUCAUUCUGAAAAUGCACUUGGUAUGGGAAUGGUUAAAACAAAAUCACAUUGUUACUUAUUUCAUUCUGAAUAUAUGAUGAUACUGUGAAAAAGAAUCGAGUUUCACUUUAUUAGGCAGAUACAUAUUUAGUUUAGAAAUCAUUUGAAUGUCACAAUCUCAAAUUCAUAAUCAGCAGUAUAUCUAACUGUAUGAGAAAAUAUAUUACACUAUGUUAUGUCAAUGUAUUCAAAAUAAGCAUCACAACAAACAAACAUCUUUUGUAGUUUUGUGUACGUUAUAAACUUUUAGUCUGUUUUUUAAAUAUGUUUCUUGAUAAUUGGAAAAUAAUUUUGAUCAUGAUCUUUUCCUUUUGUAAAUAUUUUUUAAAACUAUAUGUAUUAGAUUUAGAGUGUAUCAAGUUAUAUCUCUAAACUUUGUACAAUAUUAAUUUUUUUGGAGAAGUGUACCUUUCUUGGUUAUGUUACUUUCAACUCUUGUUGAUUUAUGAAUGACUUAUAUUAUGUGCCUUGAACAGAUUUCAUGAUCCAAACACUUGUUUAUUUGAAUGAAUAUGGGAAAAUAAAACAUGCGUAACAUUGACAAUUUCGUAAAGAGUAGAUGUAAAAUAGGAAAGUUAUGUAAUUUUAAUCUUACCUUGAUUUCAGGAAACUUUUUUUUGUAAAGUCAGAUGAAAUUAAACAUGAAUACAAAUCAAGGUAACAAUAGAAUAGCCAAAGAAUAUAGUAAUAGGAGAUGUUGCUUUCACAUUUGAAGGCUCACAAAUUUUUCACCAGUAAAGCAAAGUAUGGUUGGUUACAAUUGGAACACACCAAAUCUUCAUUUGGACCCAUGUAAACUAUAUUGUGCUUUGCUGGGGAUCAUCUUUAUUAUUAGAUCUGUAGAAGUUGACACUUAAAUUCAAGAUAACAAUAGUAAAGAAACAAAACAUAGAUGGAAUAGUGUGUGAUUCAAUUGGCAUUUUCAUUUGUGCGAUUAGUCAAAAUUUUUAAAUGCCAUAACUUUCAAAUUUACAUCUGAUUUUCGUGAAAUUGUCAGUGUUAUAUAUAUUUUUUCUAUGUACUUGAAUCAAGCUGUAGUUGGAGAUAAACUUGUCUUUGAGUCAGAUGAAAGUGCUCUUUAGAUACAAAUUGUUGAAAACUAAUUUAUCUUAUUAUUGACUUUGGGGUUAAAUGUUCAUUUCCUUUUAAUUGGGAAACACCCGUGAGUUUUUUAAAUUACUUUCUUUGAAAGAAACAUGGACUGGUGAUGGGACUGGUUUGAGUUUAUGUCAAGUUGUGUAGGACCAGGAACCUAUUUCAUAAAAGUUAAUAUUGUGGUAACUCUGCUAUCCAAUAGUAUCUACCAUUACAUGGGAAUGUGGCUCAACAGCCAAUCAAAAUCCUGGAUUCUGUUAAACUUACCAUUGGAUACUAGUAGCAAGGCAAUAGUAACUUUUAUGCAACCAGACACAGGUCAAUAUGACACAAAUAUAUGCAGUUGAUUUAUCCUAUUGAAUGUAUUGUCUAUUUUACAGAGCACAAGUUACAUAUAUCUGGCUGAUAUUGUGAUCAGUAUUUUCUUUUUUUCUCUUUUAUGCACAUUUAAUUCAUAUGGCCGGACUACUCGGCUAUAUAAACAACUCCAUUAAGAGACGUGGUUCUUUAUUCUCUUCAUGUGGUUGAAAUCUAAUAUUCUAAAUAUUGAAGUCUUACAUUAUUACACAUUUCAUGGGUGUUUCCCCAAAUAUUCAUCAAUGUAUUUUUAUGUGGUUGUGGAAUAUGCAUCCUCCCUUUAUUUGAAACAGGUGCUAGUUUAAUUUGUAUACAUACUACUAAGGAAUAAUUAUAUUUUGGGGAGAAGGGUGUUUUGUAUUAGAUUAAU